GCGGAAGUGGCGUGUUCUGCACGGCAGCUAACUGGAUGGUUAGCAUGUUGGCUGUGAUGCUAACGAGCCCGCGGUGUAACCGAACCAAAACAUUAGCUUCAAUGCUAAACCGAUAAUCAGUUUAAAGCUCGUGCUCAUCAGUAGCCACUGUGCUAACAACUAGUUAUGUGUUAACGACUAGUUAACCUAAUCAGUAGCCACUGUGCUAACGACUAGUUCUGUGCUAACGACUAGUUAGCCUCGUUAGCCUCCAACAACAGCAAUCAGCUGCAGCUGUCAACACUGCGCCUCCUGCUAGCGGCUAGCGGCUAGCUGUUAGCAUCACAGCAUCAUGGAGUCGAACCCUCCGAAGAGACGCGACAGUAAGAAAUCUCUGCGGGUGAAGGUGAUCAGUCUGGGGGACGCGGAGGUCGGGAAGAGCUGCAUCAUCAAACGUUAUUGUGAGAAAAGAUUCGUCCCCAAAUAUUUGGCCACGAUUGGAAUCGACUACGGAGUAACCAAGGUGCAGGUCCGGGACAGGGAGAUCAAAGUGAACAUCUUCGACAUGGCCGGUCAUCCGUUCUUCUACGAAGUGCGUAACGAGUUCUAUAAGGACAGUCAGGGCGUCCUGCUGGUGUACGACGUCGGCCUCAGGGAGAGUUUCGACGCCCUCGACUCCUGGCUGGGCGAGAUGAAACAGGAAAUGGGCUCCCAGGCCAACAUGGACAGCAUCGUCUUCAUCGUCUGCGCCAACAAGGUGGACCUGACGAAGAGACGGGUGGUGGACGAGGGGGAGGGUCGACUGUGGGCGGAGUCCAGAGGGUUUCACUACUUUGAGACGUCAGCACAAAGCGGCGAAGGCAUCAACGAGAUGUUUCAGGCGUUCUUCUCGUCCAUCACUGACAUGUGUGAAAAUGGCGGGAAGCGUCCGGUGGCCGAGGUCAGCGUCGGCUUCACCAAAGAACAGGCCGACACCAUCCGACGCAUCCGAAACAGCAAAGACUCAUGGGACAUGUUGGGGGUCAAACCCGGGGCCACGCGGGAGGAGGUGAACAAGGCGUACCGUAAGCUGGCGGUCCUGCUGCAUCCGGAUAAAUGCGUCGCCCCCGGCAGCGAAGACGCCUUCAAGGCCGUGGUGAACGCCCGCACGUCGCUGCUGAAGAACAUCAAAUAACGUACAGAGCUGUCGUCUUCACCCUGAAGACUCGUACCUCAGUGUUUAUUUAUUACCGUGUCCUGUGCCAUGUCGCUCGCCACCGAGCUGCACGCCAACCAGACUCUAUUCACUCUGUGUGUGUGUGUGUGUGUGUGUGUGUGCGAGAGAGUGUGAGUGUGAGUACGGAAGAGGAGGAGGGCCAAACAGUCAACAUUUAGGUUUCUCAUUCUUAAAAUCAUCAACAUUUGUUUUCACGUCAUAGUUUGGAAAAAAUAAUUCUGUUAAAAGUUUUUACACCAAAGUUGAAAAGAUUUUUAGUUUUUGUGCCAAAUUGGAAGUUUUUGUAUGAAAUGUCAGACGAGUCAUUAUUUAGUGAAUCACAAUUAAAACUAGAGUUGGAUUUGAUCUAAUGAUGAAGAACUCUGCCCUCGUCUUCAGAGUCAGCAUGUUCUCCUUUAAGAGACAAAUCUCUGGUUUCAAAUAAAUUUACUUCCUUAAAUUCAUUUGUUGCUCCACAAACAUUAAACUUGUCUCUUCCCUUUUCUUUCACAUUUCUAGUUUCAAGUGAAUCAUUUAUUUUCUCAAAAAGCUAAAUUGAGCCUGAAAUGAAUUUGAAUCGUGGACAGAACUUGAGUUCGGUUGAGUUCAGUUGAGUUUCUCCUCAGAGACACUUUGAAGAAUCUCUGCAGUGGAACCAGGGUUAGUCUGUCGCCACGUUAAAGAGUCACGUGACCACACGUCGUCACCUGUUCACGACCGCGUCUUUCAUCAGGAAGUUGAACUGAAACACAGAUUUCUGUUUGUUUAUUGAUUGUACGACGGAAACAGAAACAUCUCGUUAAAGCAGAAGAAACAGACGACAUGUCUUCAUAUCUCUUAUCUAUUGGAUUGACGUGUUAGAUCUAUACAGUUACAGGAGCACUAAACACAGUCUGAAGGCUCAUGUGAUUUAUCAUUUAAUCAUUAACUUUUAGAACCGUAAACGACUUUAAAUCAGGAAUAUGAUCUUUUCACCUGAAGACUACAUUUCCCAUCAGCCUUUCCAGUACAAUGAAUUCAAACCAAAUAACAAUGAACAAAUCAAAUGUAAUUGUUUUGGAUGUAACGUGUUAUUUAUAUUUAUUAUUAUUGUUGCGUGUUCACAUGUUAUUUAUUACACUGAAGUAAUGAAACUAAUUAUUGUUUGGUCACAGUUUGACCUCAUGACUGAAACUGCUGAGUCACAACCAGUCAUCACUGGAUGGUGUGAGGACACACACACACACACAGACACACACACACACACACACACACACACACACAGGAAUGUUUGAUGUAUCCACAUUAGAAGAGUCACGUCCCAAAUUUCACACUUUGAUUAAACUGUGUCAAACUUGAGAUGUGAGUGUGUCUGUGUGUGUCUGUGUGUCUGUGUGUGUCUGUGUGACUGUGUGUGUCUGUGGCUGUGUGGCUGUGUGUGUGUUACUGUGAGUGUGUGUUACAGUCUCUCUGUGGUUCCUGUACGUGCACGUUCUCCUGGAUUCUUUUUUGGAAUUAAAUGACUGAAAUCA